GAGGAUAUACAGGGAGGUUUACACAUAAUCCUUAUAUGGUUACUAUUGCAUUUUCAUCUUUCAUUUUCCAGUUAAGAGCUGCCUUUGAAAAAAAAUCCCCACUUUCUCGGGGGUAGCAUCAAAGACCACGGCUUGUCGGUAUUAGAGACUUGUCAAAGGUCACAUGACGACCCGAUGGCAGCGGAAGCGAUUCUGCGCCCUCUUCGUGGGCAUCAUGGGCGGUGUAGCGGUAAGCCUGCCCUUCCAGUGCUGGCUUUCCCAGGAGACUGAUACAGAUUUUGUUUGUUUGUUUUUUUUUAAAUACUUUGAUUAUUUCGCAUUGCUCUUCCCAGCAGGCGCAAGCCAUGGCAGCGGGCUCACAUUAAUAGUCAAAGACAUACUGGCACGUUAUCACAUACAUAAAAUGAAGCGGUCAGGGAGGUACCCUGUGUUUGAGUAUUUUAAAGUGGAAGUAAAGGGGUAUUUGCAGACUAUUUCGAAAUGCAAAAAUAUGAAAGCGGUGCGGACAUUAUUUUUAUUUCAUUUGUUGAACCUUUUUUCAUAACUUGAAUUUUAUGUAGUAGUAUGUACCCCUGACGAUAUUUUUGUUUUGAAUUGUUCUAUGUACUCUUGUUUGUAUUGUAAUUUUUUGUUCUUUUGUUAAGCAUAAAUAAAAAAAUUAACAGUCAAAGAUGCGUGGUUCGCACACGUAACACGUGUAUCAUCUUAACCGCAGGGCGAGCAAGCUCCCCGUUUAACUUCCGGUUUACGUGCGGCAUGUUUUGCGAUCAGUCUCUCUUUAACAGCGUUAAAUUUCUUUAAUUUCGAGCGUGGCUAUUUUAUUUAAAAAAAAGAAACCCGAGACGUUCGGGUACUUCAGUACCGUUGGUAAUGUUUUACGUAUCGUCGCGGUUAUAUUUAAGUAUUUCGACAUUAGCGUUGUAAACUCUUCAUGAAACUGCUGCGAUUUUUGCCUCCUGUGUCCAGUUCGUUAAUACAAGUUAGCUCCGUUACUGCCUGGGGAUUGAGCGUUGCAAGAGUCGUGUACUGCAAUUCAUAACGGGAACAGUAAUGGCGAAAAAAUUAGCUAGCUACUAAAUCCAAAGGUUGGGUUUGUUUUUCUGUACGUCUGUAUGGGUGCCCCGGUACUUUCCCUAUCCACGUUUGCAACAUUAGUAUCUUCAAAGACGCCUGUGGAAGUCAAAUAUAUUUUGAUGUGGGACUAUUGGGGACAGAACAAUGCAUACUUCGAGGGCCACCCAGACGUACUGCGUCAGGCAGUACUUUUGCACCAGGAGGAGGCGACUGAGGACUGUGAUGCGUGAGCCUCUUUUCUUCCCGGGACAAUUCUGCACCAGCCCCAGGGAAGACCCCGACCACACCAGCGCCCUGAGACAGCUGUGCGCAUCCCGGCACUUCAUAGCGGCGGACCGCCUGGACGGGGACUCCCUUCGGAGGGGUAACCACAGCUACGGGCCCCUGGGGACGCAGCUGAAGAAGAACAUCCUGGAGCACUGGUGGGGCUCCGUGGUGAUGUCCCGGGCGCAGGUGUUUGGGAUCAGCACCCUGCACCAGCGCCGGGGCAGCCCGACACCCCGGGAGCGGGCUCUGAGGCUGGUGGACCGGGACGCCCUGCUGUCCGCGCUGCGCCAGGAGUCUCUCGGCAGGCAAGAGCUUGUAGAAGCCGUGGAGAGGAGCCUGACUGACGGCGUACCGGUGCGCAGCAGUCUGCUUGAAGGUACCUGCGUGCCUCUGUGUCUUCAGCCUGCAUAUCUGCUCCUCGGCUCUGGGGAGGAGCGGAGGCCUGACCCGUGCGCUGUUCCCCGCAGGCCGGGCGAGGUGACGCAGGCGUCGCUGGCGUGGUUCUGCUCCCCCCGCACUGCCAUGCAGUGGCUCGACUACUGGGCAAGGCAGCGGCUGCUGUGGUGGAGGAAGGUGGGUGCCCCCCGAAACCUGGCGCUCGGCGCCCCACGAGCCAGUGUGCAUUUUCCUCUAACCCUUCCCACGCUCUGGUUCUGUCUCCAGGUGCUGAAGCUCCAUCCCAGCCUGGCUCCGGUCAAAGUGGCCCUAAACAUGGGGCGGGGCCACACGAUGGAGCUGCGGCAGGUGUGUGAGGGAUUGCUCCAGGAGCUUCUGGAGAGUGGAAUAUCUGUGUGGCCAGGAUACCUGGAGACCAUGCCUUCCUCCAUGGAGCAGCUGCACACCAAGUACGACGAGAUGGGGGUGCUGUUCACCGUGCUGAUCAGCGACACCACCCUGGAGAAUGGGGUGGCGCAGGUCAGGAACCGCGACACCUCCAUCAAGGAAAUGAUGCACGUUUCCGAGAUCAAGGACUUCCUGGCCAAGUACAUCACGGCAGCCGAGAAGACCUGAGGGAGCCAAAAGAAACGUUUCACAUCUAAAUAAAAUAAAAAUAAAGACCACGUUCUGUGUUGUUUUUGAUGAAGCGUUUCUGUGUAUUGUCCUCAGGUUAAUGAACUUAAACUACGAUGGGUUUUGGGGUAUUACAAAAUGUUUAUCGGUGGACCCUAAAAACUGAAUUGAGGAACGGGUAUUUUUAAGGAUUACUUUAAAUCCUAUGAAUUGAUUGAUAUCCAUGUGCUUUUCCUGCGUAAUGUUACAGCAUUAGCAAACUGUUUAUUCCUGUAUUCAAUUAAAGGUGACCAAUCCUGUGA